AUGUUCCGGCGUCCGCUCAAGCCGGGGGCCCAGGGGGCGCGCGGGGGGCUCCCCGGCGAUGGCGACUUCCAACGGCGAGACCCGCCGCUGCCCAAGCUGACCUCGCCCGACCUGCGAGCGGCCCGCCUCCCACGGGGCGCCGCGGGCUCGAGAGUCCCGGGGGGCGGCGCCGCGUGGUGGCAGGACUCGGACGCCGAGUCCCGGGGGUGCGUCGGGGGCCGCCAGCCGCGCCCGCCCUCCCUGUUCCCGGAGCCCCCGCGGGCAGCGCAGAAGGGCGGCGUGCUGAGGAUCCUGCUGCUGCCGCCCCUGCUCGCGGCCAGCGCGCCCCGAGGGUCGACACCCCGAGGAUCGGCACCCCGGCGCCCAGGGCCUGGAGGGUGCGAGCACCCCCGGAGGUGCGCGGCCAGGGCGGGGCCCGGCUCCUUGGGCGCCUUCAUAGGAGAGCUCCUCCCUAUCAGGUUCCGGGAGUUCCUGCAACAGCUCCAGGAGAAGUGCGCGGAGCCACCAGAGCCACUGACAUCCUCAGCACCUCGACAUCAAAGGGGCCGAGGGUCUCAUCAGUGUCCCAACUGCUCUUUCCUCCCAGACCUGUGGGGCCAGUCUUCCUACUUCCAGGAUAGUCUUAAGAAGAUUUUGCUCCAUCAGAUCCUACCUGGGCCUCUGAAGGGUGAUCUCUCACCACUCACCACGGCCAACUCGCAGGUCCUGCUGGGGACACGAGGCUGCGUUAGAACAGGCUCCAGUGGCCCUCAAGUGGAGAAGCCAAGAUUUCAGACUGGCCAGCGGAGCAAGGGCACUGUCCUAGACAUCUCGCAGUUGCUUGGCUCUUUGGUUGUGCUGAUGAAAAGCACCCUCUGCAUCUACACAGACAUUAAGAUAUGGCCCCACGGUGCACAGGGCCCCAAAGUUAAGGCUGUGCUCACUCGAAGCCCCCCAGAAGAGGCCUCUGGGCCCCGCAGGCGGUGUUGCCCUUUCCGGGUUCGAUUCGCUGACGAGACCCUACAGGACACUGCACUCCGCUACUGGGAGCGCAGCUGUGCAGUCCAGCAGAACGUCACUGAGAACCAGACGUCCACCCUUCCGGCGGUGUCGGAGCAGCUGUUCAGGAGUAUUGGGAGAUGGCUGGAGAGUUUGCCCAAAGCCCUGUACCUUGGGGGCAAAGAGGAGGCCCUGCCCAGCUCCUCCUGCUGGAACUUCCCCAGCCUGCCCACCCAGGAGCCGCAGGGCCACUUUUCUAAGGACACCCCCAUGAACAGCAGCCUGCCCUUCAUCCCUAGGACCACCACCCAGAGGCAGCGGGGGGACCUCCAAACCUUACUGGAUACCCACAACAACCAGGAGCAGGUGGGCAAAUCGCCCUGCUCCUUGGGUCCUAAGCUGGAGUCUUUCUUGCCCAGAUUGGUGCUGCAGUCGGUCCUGAGGCGAGGCCACCCUAAGGGGUACCAGCUUCUCCUGCCGUCCACAACACUGCAGCGGGCUCAGAGAUGAAUGCCCAUGAACCCACACCCAGCAGCCCACAUGGGCCGGGCAAUGAGGAGGGCCCUCCCUUGCACCACAA